GUCACGUUACGUGCAGGCGCGCGCGGUAUAAAGCUCUGUCUUCUGACGUCAGCGGCCUCUUCCCUGCCUAUGCCCUCGUGAGGUGGGCAGUGUAAAAUUUCGUGUCUCUUUUCUCCACCAAGAGAAUCCGAAACCAUCCGCCAAAAUGGUGAACUUCACCGUAGACCAGAUCCGUACCAUCAUGGACAAGAAGGCUAACAUCCGUAACAUGUCCGUGAUUGCGCACGUUGACCACGGAAAGUCUACAUUGACGGAUUCGCUGGUGUCAAAGGCUGGCAUCAUUGCCUCAGCUCGUGCUGGAGAGACUCGUUUCACCGACACACGCAAAGAUGAGCAGGAACGUUGCAUUACCAUCAAGUCCACAGCCAUCUCUCUGUACUACGAGCUGAGUGAGAAUGACUUGGCCUUCAUCAAGCAGAGCCGGGACGGCGCUGGCUUCUUGAUCAACCUGAUCGACUCACCAGGGCACGUUGACUUCUCCUCUGAGGUCACUGCUGCUCUCCGUGUCACUGAUGGAGCCCUGGUUGUUGUGGACUGCGUAUCUGGUGUUUGCGUACAAACUGAGACCGUGCUGCGUCAGGCCAUUUGUGAGCGCAUCAAGCCAGUCCUGAUGAUGAACAAGAUGGACCGUGCCUUGUUGGAGCUGCAGCUUACAACUGAAGAUCUUUACCAGACUUUCCAGCGUAUCGUUGAGUCCGUCAACGUCAUCAUUUCCACUUACGGAGAGGAUGAGGAUCAACCAAUGGGUAACAUCCAGAUUGAUCCAGUCAUUGGUACCGUGGGCUUUGGAUCUGGACUGCACGGCUGGGCUUUCACCCUGAAGCAGUUUGCUGAGAUGUAUGCAGCAAAGUUUGCUGCCAAGGGCAACACCCAGAUGACACCAGAGGAGCGCUGCAAGAAGGUGGAGGACAUGAUGAAGAAGCUGUGGGGCGAUAGGUUCUAUGAUACCGACACCGGAAAGUUCUCCAAGACUUCAAAUGGACCUGAUGGCAAGAAGUUGUCCCGCACCUUCUGCGCUCUUGUCCUGGACCCCAUCUUCAAGGUGUUUGAUGCCAUCAUGAACUUCAAGAAGGAGGAAACUGCCAAACUGAUCGAGAAGAUGGACAUCAAGUUGGAUGCUGAGGACAAGGACAAGGAGGGAAAGCCUCUCCUGAAGGCUGUCAUGCGUCGCUGGCUGCCUGCUGGAGAAGCCCUUCUUCAGAUGAUCACCAUUCACCUGCCUUCUCCCGUCACUGCCCAGAAGUACCGUUGCGAGCUGCUCUAUGAAGGACCUGGAGAUGAUGAGGCUGCCAUGGGUAUCAAGAACUGCGACCCCAAGGCUCCCCUGAUGAUGUACAUUUCCAAGAUGGUGCCCACCAGCGACAAGGGUCGCUUCUAUGCAUUCGGUCGUGUAUUUUCUGGGUGUGUGUCCACCGGCCUGAAAGUACGCAUCAUGGGACCAAACUUUGUCCCUGGAAAGAAGGAGGACCUCUACUUGAAGCCAAUUCAGAGGACCAUUUUGAUGAUGGGCCGUUACGUCGAGCCCAUUGAGGAUGUGCCUUGUGGUAACAUCGUUGGUCUGGUUGGUGUGGACCAGUUCCUUGUCAAGACAGGAACAAUCACCACCUUUGAGCAGGCCCACAACAUGAAAGUGAUGAAGUUCAGCGUCAGCCCUGUGGUGAGAGUUGCUGUGGAGGCCAAAAACCCUGCAGACCUUCCCAAGCUGGUGGAGGGUUUGAAGCGUCUGUCCAAGUCCGAUCCUAUGGUACAGUGCAUCAUUGAGGAGUCUGGAGAACACAUCGUUGCUGGAGCUGGAGAGCUGCAUCUGGAGAUCUGUCUGAAGGAUUUGGAGGAGGAUCACGCUUGCAUUCCAAUUAAGAAAUCUGAACCCGUCGUGUCCUACAGGGAGACUGUCAGCACAGAAUCAAGUGUCAUGUGUCUGUCCAAGUCACCCAACAAGCACAACCGUCUGUUCAUGAAGGCCCGUCCCUUUGAAGAUGGCCUGGCUGAAGCCAUUGAGAAGGGUGAUGUGGCACCUCGCCAGGAGCUCAAGACCCGUGCCCGCUACCUUGCCGACAACUUUGAGUGGGACGUCGGUGAGGCCAGGAAGAUCUGGUGCUUCGGACCUGAUGGAAAUGGCCCCAACAUGCUGGUGGAUGUUACCAAGGGAGUGCAGUACCUUAAUGAGAUCAAGGACAGCGUUGUGGCUGGUUUCCAGUGGGCCGUGAAGGAGGGUGUCCUCUGUGAGGAGAACAUGCGUGCCAUUCGCUUCGAUGUCCAUGAUGUGACCCUGCACACAGACGCUAUCCAUCGUGGUGGUGGUCAGAUUAUCCCCACAGCCCGCAGAGUUCUGUAUGCUUGUGAGCUCACAGCCGAGCCCAGAAUGAUGGAGCCCGUCUACCUGGUGGAGAUCCAGUGUCCUGAGGGUGCAAUUGGUGGAAUCUACGGUGUGUUGACCAGGAGACGUGGUCAUGUGUUUGAAGAGUCCAGGGUCAUGGGAACACCCAUGUAUGUCAUCAAGGCCUACCUGCCUGUCAUGGAGUCAUUCGGUUUCACAGCUGACCUUCGUUCAAACACUGGUGGCCAGGCCUUCCCACAGUGCGUGUUCGACCAUUGGCAGAUCCUUCCUGGAAACCCGCUGGAUGCUACAUCCAAGCCCGGCAUCGUCGUCACUGAUACACGCAAACGCAAGGGUCUCAAGGAGGGUAUUCCAGCCUUGGACAACUACCUGGACAAAUUGUAAAAUCCUGGACACCGCUUGGCUCUUGUCUUAUUCCUCUAUGCCCAACAAAUCUAAGUAUGUUAUGGGACCGGACUGUACAGAACAUCGUGAGCACUAAUGUUUGCCAAAAGAAUCAAUAAUAAACACCUACAAAAAUUGUAAACGAUAAAUAAAAGAAAAUAAAAACUUUUAUGGUU